AUGAUGCAAUCGGGUAAUGAGUUGAUGAUGCUUCAAAGGGUUGUGAUCUUGGAUGAACAAAGUUAUGGUCGUUGGAAGGUCCGCAUGGUUCAGUUGAUCCGUAAUCUAGGUGAGGAUGCUUGGACGGCUGUUGAAGAAGGUUGGGAGCCUCCAUAUGAGAAAACCGAAGCUGGUGACAAGAUCACUAAACCUAAGGCACACUGGACAGUGGAAGAAAAGAACUUGUCUAAAUACAAUGCUAGGGCUCUUAAUGCUAUCUUUGGAGCUAUUGAUGAUGAUGAGUUUAAGCAUGUUCAAGGUUGUGAAUCAGCUAAAGAUGCUUGGGACAUUCUGCAGAAGACUCAUGAAGGAAACUCAAGUGUCAAAAGAACAAGAUUAGACCAACUUGCAUCUCAAUUUGAAGUCUUAAGGAUGGAUCCAGAAGAGUCAAUUUCACAGUUUAGUGCAAAAUUGAGUGUUAUUGCUAAUGAAGCAAAGAAUCUUGGUAAGAUCUAUAAAAAUAUCAAGCUGGUUAAGAAAUUAAUUAGAUGUCUACCUUCUAAGUAUGCAGCUCAUAAAGCAGUUAUGAGGGUAUCUGGCAACACGGACACCUUGAAGUUUGAGGAUCUCGUUGGUAUGCUAAAAUCAGAGGAGAUGGAAGUUGCUGAAGAACUGAGAAUUCAUGGACAUGGACGAGGGUUAGCUCGCUGGAAUCAAAGUGCUACAGAGAGGUCUGGUUCUAGGCCAAAUAUAUCUGAGAAAGAAAAAGCUGAUCGGAGAAAAGAGAUUCAAUGUCUUGAAUGUGCUGGUUUUGGUCAUUACAAGCUUGAGUGUCCAAUGGUUAAGCGCAAGGAGAUGAAGUGCUUUGAAUGUAAAGGGAUUGGACAUUUAAAAUCUAAAUGUCCAAACAUGGUGAAAAGAAAUAAUAAGGCAUAUGUUAGCUUUAGUGAUUCAGAAUCAGAGAGUGAUGGAGAUGAAAAAGAAGGAGGAAUGCUGAAUCUUUUUGCAUAUAGUGCUAAGAGUGAUGACAUAGCUGAUGAAAGCUCAGAUGAUGAUGGUGAAGAGUCGAUUUCAAAAGAGAGCUACUGUGUUUUGUAUGACAAUUGGGUUCAGUUGUGUAAUGAAAAGUUGUUUCUUAUCAAGGAAAAACUGAAAUUGGAAGCCAAAGUCAAUAUGUUAGAAGAAAGGAAGCCUGAAGUAUUGAUUGGUGAGGAACUUCCUCCUGCUGAAAAGGAGUUGUUUGAAAAGAAGCUAAGAAAUCUGCAAGAUUUGUAUGGUUUGGAGAAGGAAAGAUCGACAAGCUUAGAAAGAGAGUUGAAUGAGAAUCACAAGAAAAUCAGAAUGUUAAACAAUGGUGGAAAAAAACUGGAUGAGAUUUUGUCAAUGGGAAUUGUAGGGUCUCAGCAUAGAGGUCUAGGUUACCACAAAGAGGAGACUGUUGAGCUGUUGUCUCGUGAUAAAUCAGUGAGUUUUGUUAAGAGCAAUGCAAAUCAUGAAACGGAGUCAAGUAUUCUGGAAAAAGGUGUACAACAGAAGGAAAUUGAGGAGAUCAACCUAUGUUGCAAUUUCUCGAAGAUAAUCAAUGAAGACAAUGUUGGGGUUGAACCUGAGGUUCUACAGAAGCGUGUUGCAGAACAACAUGUACAAGAAAAAGUCACAACUAAAUCAACUGGAUCCAAUAGUGCUGAUUGGAAUGAUGAAUCGCCAUGA